CUGGUUUGUUAACCGCCAAUGACUCAAAAGAAGAGGAAGGAGGUUCGAUGCUAACGUUGUAGUGUUCAUGAUAGCAAAGUAGUGCAGUUUUAUUACGAUGGCAAACAGAACUGUAAAAGAUGCUAACAGUAUACAUGGCACGAACCCGCAGUAUCUAGUGGAGAAAAUCAUCCGAACUCGAAUCUACGAGUCUAAAUACUGGAAGGAGGAGUGCUUCGGUCUCACCGCUGAGCUGGUUGUCGACAAAGCCAUGGAGUUGAAGUAUGUUGGAGGAGUUUAUGGUGGAAACAUCAAGCCCACUCCCUUCCUCUGUCUCACAUUGAAGAUGCUGCAGAUUCAGCCUGAAAAAGACAUAAUUGUUGAGUUCAUUAAAAAUGAGGAUUUCAAGUAUGUUCGGUUACUUGGAGCGAUGUACAUGAGGUUGACUGGCACUGCAGUGGAUUGCUAUAAAUACCUGGAGCCUCUGUACAAUGACUACAGGAAGAUCAAGAGUCAGAACAGAAAUGGAGAGUUUGAGGUGAUGCAUGUGGACGAGUUCAUCGAUGAGCUUCUUCAUGCAGAGAGGAUGUGUGACAUCAUCCUGCCCCGACUCCAGAAGAGACAAGUCCUGGAGGAGGCUGAGAUGUUGGACCCACGGGUCAGUGCUUUAGAGGAGGACCUGGAUGAAGUGGAAAGCAGUGAAGAAGAGGAUGAGGAAGAAGAAAAGCCAGAGAGACUACAGACCCCAGAACCCCACAGACGUGGUUACCGUGACAAUGACAGACCUCGUCGAUCUCCAUCACCACGUUACAGACGCAGUCGGUCCCCCAGACGGAGGAGCAGGUCUCCAAAGAGGCGCAGUGUGUCGCCCCGGAGAGACCGCCAUCGGAGCAAGAGCCCCCGCAGACACCGCAGCAGGUCCAGAGACAGACGCCACCGCUCAAAAUCCCCUGGUCACCACAGAAGCCACAGACAUCGCAGCCACUCAAAGUCGCCAGAAAGGAGUUCUAAAAAGAGUCACAAGAAGAGUCGAAGAGGAAACGAGUGAUCUUUCUUCAUUAAAACAUAUUUUGCUUUUUCAAAAUCUUCAAACUGUCAAAGAUUCUGCCCCAAAAUUGAAUCCGUUUUUAUGGCACGCAAUCUUAGUUUUAUACAUUGGACCAUGACAUGUCUGUAACAUACUUUAAAUGUAAAGGUCUCAAAUCUUUCAGCAGUGUUUAAUUAGUCUAUGAAGCAAAUAAGGCUUGACGGUCAAUUUUUUUAGCCUCACUCUGUUGGAAAAACCCUCUGACAGAUAAAAAUCUAAUAAUACUCCCCAUUUUUUUUUCGUGAUUAUAGUCAUUCCUGGUAACCUUUAGAUCCAUGUACCUCCAAAAAUUGUGUUGCUUGUGAACAGAUUCUGUAUGUUGAUUUGUAUCAUUCUGGGACCUGACGUUUGUCAAAGAAAUAAAAACCCCAAUUUAUUA